AUGACGGUGUUUCUCUCUCUCAUUCGAAAGGAUGCCGACUCCUCCGAGCGGGUCCUCAUGGACAUGCGCUGGGGCCUGAUUCCCUCCUGGUUCAAAAAGGAUGACCCCUCCAAAAUGCAGUUUAAUACCUCCAACUGCCGCAGCGAUACCAUGCUGAAGAAGUCCUCCUACAAGGGUGCUCUCCUCAAGGGCAAGCGCUGCGUGGUCCUGGCGGAUGGCUUCUACGAGUGGCAGCAGCACAGCGGGGGGAAGCAGCCGUAUUUCAUUUACUUCCCCCAGACCAAGGACGCCGUGGCUGAGGGGAAGGAGGGAGACGAGGAAUGGAGAGGCUGGAGGUUGCUCACCAUGGCUGGGAUUUUCGACUGCUGGGAGCCGCCGGCAGGAGGAGAAAUGCUGUACACUUACACCAUCAUCACCCUGCCAGCUCCUUGCAAGCCUGGCUUUUGCCACUGGCGCUGGGCUUUGGCUCUGACUGUCUUGUCCCCUAGGAUGCCAGCCAUCCUGGACGGGGACGAGGCCAUCAGGAAAUGGCUGGACUUCGCCGAAGUGCCAACCCAAGAAGCGAUUAAACUCAUCCAGCCCACGGAGAACAUCGUUUUCCACCCGGUGUCCACCUUUGUCAACAGCGUCCGCAACAACGCGCCCGAGUGUCUCGCACCCAUCGAGCUGGGAGCCAAGAAGGAGGUCAAAGCCACCCCAAGCAGCAAAAUGAUGCUGGACUGGUUAAAAAACUCCCAGGAGGGCUCUCCCCAGAAGAAAGAGAAUGAUUUGCCCAGGUGGACGAGUCAGUUCAUCCACAGCCCUUCGCCCAAGAAAACCAGCGCGGAUGUCCUGCAGCAGUGGCUGGGGAGGGAGGGAGAGCCGGCUGCGAAGAAGCGCAAGGCUUAG